UUGGAGCCCAGGCGUUCGGCAGAAGGAAGCGGCAGGGUCCCAUGUAAGAACAAGACCAGUGACAUGGACGAAGUGCCUCGUCUCUCCAUUGAAAAAAAAAAGAGGAAUGGAGGCGCCACGGCAGCCAGCCUUUGCUACUUCGCCAUGGUUAACAAUGACUGCAGGCUGAAGCACCUCCCCACGCCUCCUGACACCGUAGCAGGGGAGGUGGAGAGAGGAGUUAGUGUCCUGUUGCUCCACAGCACUCUGCCUUGUGCCCUACCAUCACUGAACCUGUCCCUGUGA